AGAGGGCGGUGGAGAGAGAAUCGAGAGAAGUGGAGGUGGGGAUGAUACUAACUCACUGAUGCGUGAGUAUUUUGUGCAAAUAAAGGAGACUUCGGUUGGAAAGAGAAGCUGAAGAAGCAAGGCUGCGCAGGGAAGAGGAGGAGAGACGAAUGAAGGAAAGUAGACGAUUGAGAAGACAGGAAGAGCGACUGAGGCUUGAAGAAGAGCGAAAUUCUAGCCUGCUACGUAUCGUUCGAAGCGAGAUGAGUAAGGACAGAGAAGAAGAAAGAGAGAGAUACGAGAGAAAAGGGAAAGGAACAGCCCGGAACAUCGGUCGCAAUGAUGCGAUCGAGGUUGAGAAAGAGCGCCUGCGUCGUCUAAUUGCUCCCGAAAUCCUCGAGACUGCCGACGAAGCCAAGGACAAGGAGUUACGUAACUUGAGAAGGAUGGCGGCGAGGAUGAAUCUGAUCGAGAAACGGAAAAGAGGUCCUGAUGUACCUGUCGGGAAUAACCCUCCCGUGAUGACGCCGGAGAAGAAGCCAAAUACCAAGUUAACUGAAGAAUCCAAGACGCGUAUUGAGAUUUUGAAGCAAGAGCUCGGUGCUGAUCCCGGAGCUAGUAGCACACCAUCAAAGAUAGAUCUUCCACUCAAGCACAUUACGGCAUCUUGUGGCGUUGGGGGUAAAGAACGUUUCGAAAGGGACUGUCAUGUUUUCUCUGACUCCUUGACAAUUGACGAACUCAAGGAAGCCUGCCGACGGGAGAAGGUAGUAUAUGGGAAGAGAGAAUUGGCGAUCAAACGCUUGGUGAUUCGUAGAUCGGCGGUGGCAUAUGACCCAGUGAAUAUUCCUUUGCCGUUGACGCUGCGCACUGAAGCUAGGAACACUAGAGGAGUAACGAUCCGUUAAGUCAAAGAGAGCAUCGCUACGGACUUCUCUGAUUCGGACACCUCCUACUCAAAUGAAGAAUCGGACUAGGA